UGGGCGCAGUCACAACGUUGCAUGUGGAGUGAACGUUGCAUUUUGGUCUUUCUUCCAAGCGUUAAACAUCUUUGAUAAUGAGUUGCGGACUGGGAAAAGUGUGUUAGUAGCACGGAAAAGAAAACCACCUUUCACCAAGUUUUUAUACCUCUUUCACGAGACGUCAUUGCUGUGUUGCUGCCCGUUGUGAAAUCUACCGUUCACAAUGCUUGAUCUAAACUUGCUGAAAAUUGGAUUUGCGUUAUUAACUCUGGUGAUGAUAGUUUUGGGAAGCCUUAUGAAUACAGUUGAGAAACGUUUGCCUAGUUUUGUGAAACAGAGUUUUAGAUACGGUAGAUUCGCUUAUCAAGGCAAAGAUACGUUUCUGAAACCCAUCGAAGUUCCUAAAAGGUGGUUUCGCCAUUUUUAUGUUUUUGGAGCUUUUUUCACAUCAUUAAUAUUUGUGGUUGUACUGAGAGUAUACAUUUUUCACGGCAAGCCACAUCCAUUGUUGCUUGCUUUGCUGGAUUUGCUUGGGUCAACUAGCCGCAGAGCAAAUGUUUCACCUACGUCAGUAUUGGUUGCUUUGUUCCUGUUAACUCUGCAGUCUUGGCACCGCUUUUAUGAGACAUGGUUCAUUAGCAUAUAUUCAAACUCAUACAUAAAUAUAUAUCAUUACAUCAUUGGUUAUGGACAUUACUUCGGAUCAGUUAUGGCUGUCCUGUGUGAGUCUCCUGGUUUUAUAAAUAACCAAGAACAAAGAGUGCAGUUAAAUUUUGGGGACAUCUCAUUCCUUGAAGUCAUUGGAGUGACUACGUUUCUUUGGGCAUGCUACAAUCAGUACAGGUCUGCGAUAAUUCUUGCAAACUUGAGAAAAAACAAAAAUGGCCAAGUUGUAACAACAAAACAUAGUAUACCCUACGGAGGAUGGUUUGAACUUGUGUCAUCUCCACAUUUUCUUGCUGAAAUAUUAAUGUAUAUGGCAAUAUCAAUAAUUUUAAGAGCAGCAAACACGUGGCACGUAGUCUUUCUUUGGGUUCUGAGCAAUCAGGUUGAAAGUGGACUCUUGUCACAUUGGUGGUAUAAGGCAACAUUCCCCAACUACCCCAAGGAAAGGAAAGCUGUAAUACCAUAUGUUUUAUGAAAGUUCUAAUAGACUGAUUACAAUAUUUUUUCUUGAGUAAUGUUGGCAAUAGUGUACUCUGAUGAAGUUAUAAGGAAACGCCAAGCACUGUUGAAUUACAUCUGUCUGUAUAUCAUUAUCAUUUCAUUUUUCUGUUUGUUCAUAUCUAUUAUUAUGUGAUAAUCUUCUGUUCAAGUCAUAAUGAGGGAUAUUUUUGCUAAAACAAAAUGUUAAAAACAAUAGCUCUAAUUAAUAAUGUAGUGGUUAUUGGCCUACAUGUAAAGGGAAGAGACAGUCAAUUACGUUAAGUACUCUGUACUUACAGUUUACAGCCUCUGCUAAAGAACUACAUGCAUUUUGCAUAUAUAAGUCAUUAACUGUUCACACAUUUUGGAAAUGACAGAGUAAGUGCAGAAGUGUGGGGACUGUUUUGUUUGUAUGCUUCUUCAUUUUUAACUAUUUAUUUACAUAUUUAUGCAGUUUGCAUUAGUACUUUUCUUGGCAGAUUGACAAUAUUAUUUAGGUUUGUUUAUUUUUUGCUUUAAAAUCCCAAUGUGGAAAUUACACAUGACAUUUAUAAUGAUAACAGUUGUAUAUUAGUACCUCUCUUACAAUUGAUACACUGUUGAACUGUCAAAAAAUUCUUGAGCAGUUGUAACUUAGGUCUAAAUGACAUUCCUGUAGUGUGUAGACAAAAAACCAAAUUUGUUACCUCAAUGUAAUAUCUUAAUUGAGAAUUAUUGUUAAUGUUUCAUUGAGGUGAUAACAGAUUAUUAAGUGAAUUUAGCAGUACAGUUUGGUACUAUACCUGGAAAUAAGAGUUGCCAUAUAUUACCAAUGCUGUUGUGAAAUGAUAACUACACAAGCAGCAGUAAAAACACUUUACCCUAACUGUAGCUCAUCUUGGGUGUGUCCAACUUUUGCCAUUAAGCACAUGCUGAGAUGGAGGACCAUCAGAGAACAGUAUCGAUCAAGCAGUGACGAACAGAGGUUGGGAGCCACCAUACUAAGAUAAACUAGGGUGUAACUUCCCUAGUAGGUUAAUUCUUGAGUCUCUCACAACCUAUCAGAUUAUGAACAUGAUAUCUUUUUAUUUUUGUUCUAUCGACUCCACCUAGUUCAAAAUGGAUCCUUUGACCUUACUAUCGUACAUCCACAUUUUCAAAACUCCAGUAAUUUAAAAGACUGCACAUAGAUUGCCCCCCUUUUUUUAAGUCUGUAAUAUCUUACUGCCCUGCGAAGUACUGGGGGAGCUAAUUUAACAGUUACUUACCCUGAGGUAAAAUAAGAGUUCGUAAUUAGUUAAUAUUUUUAAAUUUGUCUUGUAUUUGGUUUUUUAAAAUAAAUUUAAUCAUAAAAGUGUG